AUGUCCAAUCACCAAAAUGCUUUGAUUCCCAGUCCUCCCAGCUCCAGCAGCCCCGACUCCAAUCCCAAUGAAGAGACCCGCCCUCGACGCAAGCGCUGGGCCCCCAAAGUCAAGACCGGCUGCGUCACAUGCCGUGUUCGCCGUGUCAAAUGCGAUGAAACGAAGCCGCAUUGUAAGCGCUGCACAGCCUAUGGCUAUGUUUGCGAUGGCUAUGUGACGCCCACAACUUCUGUCCAGGAAAACCGCUUGAGUCGCAGAGCCGCCGCCAUUUUGGAUCCUCUGGAGACUGUUCUGGAAAGACGGGUGGUACCUCCAGAGUGGGAUUUUAUGGAGGCUUGUCGAUUUUAUAUUGAGGCCAUCUUGCCUAUACGGCAGCGCGAGCUCGACUUUGAUACUCCCCUCAAUCUCUCUACUCGCUACCGCCCAGCAUUUCUUCUCGCCAUGACAGCACAACGCAUCAACUUGAUAGGCAAUGCCACCAAUGCGCUACCGCACCCUUCACAUAUGACUUCCAUUGGGCCUCUAUGGAGCAAGCUCCACUCCUAUAUGGUGCACAACAUUAAGGAUAUAAACACAUGCCUCGAAAGUGAUGCUCCAUACUACAAGGUGCUGGCUCUGUUGCGCAUUACCGACGUGCUCGCCGUCGAACUUACCCUGCUUGGCACCGCGUGGCGGGCUCACAGCUCAGGGUUUCUGGCCCUUCUCGACACCUGCAACAAGUCUGAUACCGUGCUGCCCCCAUCGCCAGUCUUGGGGACUGUCACACAGUUCCAGAUUAUCACGGCUGCGAUCGCCAACACGACAAGUCCGGCCUCCGACCAAAUUUUAGAGCUUGACAGGUUUACCCCAGACGAAUUAGCCACCUACUAUUCUUUCCAGCUAUAUGGGGAGCUGCCCUGCCCGACAGAGCUCUUCCUAGAAAUGCUACGUAUCACAAAGCUGCGUCGACUGGCAAUUACCGGAGUCAGCUACUGCGACGCCAUCGCCCCUGCUCUGGAUGGCAUAUUGAUGCGCACCGAGGCCUUCGUCCCUGAAAUAUGGGAAGAGCCUUAUGGUGUACCUGAGCAGCCCGAAUUUGUGCUGAUGGCGCGGGUGUUCAGGUGUUCGAUUGCGCUUUACGCCAACUUGUCGCUGCCACCGCCACCGGCACAGUCGACGCCCGAGGCCUCAAGAUCAUGGGCCAUGCGCAGAAUUGCACUACUAGAGGAGUUGAUACAGCUUAUGCGCGAGUCACUCGCUAUAUUGCAGUCCAAGGCCGCACUGAGCUGGCCGGUGGCCGUUGCGGGUGUGGCCGUCGCAGACGGGUCCGAUGAGGACAAGGAGCUUGUCCUAUCGACCUUUAAGAACGGCGAUGGGACUCCAACUGACACUUUCUAUGUCCCCAAACAUUAUAUAGACAAGCUACUCACAUUUUGGGCGUCGGGCAAGCUUGGCUGGGAGGACUGCUGGAAUGAGCCGUUUCCGCCGAUGGCAUAG